ACCUGUCAGCAACUGAUACAGAUUACCCCAUGUUCUAGUCAUGCACUUUACCUGCUUGGUGCCUCACAGUUUGCUCGUUUUGAGAACACGCCCCCAGGUGAUGAAGGUGCCAAGCUUCUUAGUGAUGUAAAAUCAUCAUUCCAAACAUCUAUUAACCUAGAGGGAAAACCAGCAUCAGGGGAUGUUUCAGACACAAUUAAAAAUCAGCAAUGGUGGCAGGAGAAAGUUCGGCUGGAAGAAGAGAAGAAGAAAGCUGAGGAGGCCAAAAAUGCUCCUGCUAAGGCACCAGCAGGUAAAGCUGGAGCUCCUGCCGCCAGAGGAGGUGCAGCUGCAGCAAGAGGUGCCCCAGCUGCCCGGGGCAGGGGUGCUCCUGCACCUGCGGCAAGAGGGGCACCAGCAGCAAGAGGUGCAAAGGCAGCGCCAGCAGCACGAGGAGCACCGGCUAAGGCUCCAGCAGCAAGAGGGGCACCAGCCGCUAGAGGAGCAGCAGCCAAGCCAGGAGCCAAAGCACCUGCACCAGCAGAACCCCCAAAACAGGAAACCCCGCCUCCAGUAGAGGAGACGCCUAAACCAGCAGCAUCUGCAGGCCCCGCCCCAAUCAACAGGAAGUCAUAUCAUCCCCGUCUUGGAUUGGCUAGAGCAUACAGGGCUGCUGGUGAGAUCCCAGAUUCCCAGAAAUAUUACAAUGAGGUCAUCACAAUGUCACCUGAGGUUCAUGAUGCCUACAUUGAAUUAGCAGAAAUGUUGUUGAAAACUGAUCCUCUGUCAGCGGUAGAUGUGUAUUGUAAAUUCCCUGUGUCAGAAAAACCAUCAUUUGAUGAUGCCUACAUAUUUGGUGAUAUUGUUAGACUACUGAUAAAAGCAGAGAAGUUUGAUGAUCCAAGACUUUGUCCUAACAUGAUAACAUAUGGCAAAAUUCUCGGUUUAGGAGCAUUGGAGAAGUAUGUGAAGAUACUAGAAGAGAAAUAUAAAAAUGAGACAUUAAGGAAAGUGUAUGCUGGUGUCAAUGGCAGAGAUGUUGAUGACCCUGAUAUGCAGGCAUUCUUCAAGUUUAAAUGCUGGAUAUAGUUGAAACCAUAGAUAGAGACAAUCUUCUUUCAGAUUAGAAAGUUCUUCUUUGACAAAUAUAUACAGUAUUUAAUAGUCAAUGAAUUGAAGAAGGAAAAGCAAUGCCAAAGACCAAUGUUUGUUUAACCAGAGACUGAAAAUUUGACUGUUGGUUGUAUAAAAGAGUUUCAUCAUUUAUUACACAUUCACAUCACCCUUUCUUGCUUUCUAACUGGAAUACAUAAAGUCUUCACUUUACCUGACUAUAACAUUUGUCUUCUGCUUCUGGAAUUCUCCCUUUUGAUUGGGCUACUUUUCAAAUAUUACUAACAAGAGUUCACCAAAACUUGAUAGUAAAGAUAUCUACCAAAAAUAGCCCAUAUUAACUGUAUGUUCCUUUCAUUGUUUUCCCACCAACUUGAGACUCUUUUAGUGCCUCCUCAUUCGUGUCAGCUGCCAUUUGGUCGAGACUAAAAUUAUCGUAAUUCCUGGCAUUGGUGAAAAGUGACUUAGCUUUGUAUUUAUGUAAUCAACUUUGAAGUUUGCAUGUAUGUGGGUAUAAAAAAAAAAAGUAAUCGUAUGGGUACAAAUGUUUACAAAUUAAUUUCUGUGUUAACAAAAGGGUAAAUCUCAUUACAUGAAACAAAUACACAUAAGUAUCUAUUCACAAUAGAUAAAUCAUUAUAGUUUUGCAUGAUGUAAAGAUCAUGUUAAGGUAUUUUUAAUGUAUACAUGUUUUCCUUGGUAAUAAACUGAAAAAAAGGCAGCAUAGCCAUUUGUCUGUGAUAGUAUGUUUUUCUGUGAUAUAUCAAAUACUUGAUGAUGAUUUUGUCAUAGUGUAUAUAUUAUAUUAUGAAGUAUUUCCAGGAAAUCUGAUUGACUUGAUUACUAUGCUGAAUAUUUGUUUCAAGACAAUAAAGAUUGAAAUGGUCAUUGUUGGUU